CCCUCCCGACUUCACUGUUUUUACUCACUGGACUGACUCUCAAUAGAUGAACUGUGUGACUUACUGGUGUUCCCACAGGAAACCGUUCUUUUUCUAAACUCGGAAGCCGUGAACUGGAGGGGAGAGCCAGCAGGCGGUCGGGUCCGGUCCUCGCCAUGGUGUUGCCACCCCCGGACAAACGCCACGUGUGCCUGACCACCAUCGUCAUCAUGACCAGCAUGGCCUUCAUGGACGCCUACCUGGUGGAGCAGAACCAGGGGCCCAGGAAGAUCGGCGUGUGCAUCAUCGUGCUGGUCGGGGACAUCUGCUUCCUCAUUGUGCUGCGCUAUGUGGCCGUGUGGGUGGGCGCCGAGGUGCGCACGGCCCGCCGCGGCUACGCCAUGAUCCUCUGGUUCCUCUACAUCUUUGUGCUGGAGAUCAAGCUCUACUUCGUCUUCCAGAACUGCAAGGCAGAUAGGAAGUCUCUGGAGACGGUGGCCCGGAAAGCCUUGACUCUGUUACUGUCCAUAUGCGUCCCAGGGCUUUACUUGGUUCUAGUGGCUCUGGACCACAUGGAGUACGUGAGGACCUUCAGGAAGAAGGAGGACAUGCGGGGGAGGCUCUUCUGGGUGGCUCUAGAUCUUCUGGAUCUUCUGGACAUCCAGGCCAACCUGUGGGAGCCUCAGCGGACCGGCCUGCCCAUCUGGGCCGAGGGACUGAUGUUCUUCUACUGCUACAUCCUCCUCCUCAUCCUGCCCUGCGUCUCGCUCAGUGAGAUCUCCAUUCAAGGGGAGCAUGUGUCGCCCCAGAAGAUGAUGCUCUAUCCCAUCCUCAGCCUAGUCACCAUCAACGUGGUCACCAUCCUGAUCCGUGGGGUCAACAUGGUCCUGUUCCAGGACAGUAGAGUCUCGACCAUCUUCGUGGGGAAGAACGUGGUGGCGAUCGCUACGAAGGCGUCCACGUUCCUGGAGUACCGGCGUCAAGUGAAGGAGUUCCCUCACCUGCAGAACGCCAUGGCGUUGGAGCUGCAGCAGAACUCGGUGUGCCAUGGACAUACGCCCCACACGUCGCACUCGCAGACCCUGCCCAACUCCACCAACCUGCCCCAUGAACCCUCGCCAGCGCGCGACAUAGAAACAUGACCGCCAGCACGGGACGGUCUGGACACCAAUGGAGCAUCUCCAUCGUUGUGAUCAGUGAGUAACCAAACCCUAAGAUCUGGUUGGACUGGUUCCAACUAUCCAGCCGUGGAGAGCUUGGUGUAAAGAGAGAAAUGGGUUUCAAGACAGGAUGGUAUUGUUCUUCCUGUCAUACAACUGUGAACAACUGUGGAUAUAACUAGAGGAAUGUUUAUAGCCUAGACUGUCUGUCUGUUGGAGAAGGAUAAAGAUUCACCUUCUUGAUUCUGACAAGUGAACUGACAUGGUUUUUAUUGAAUAUAAUUGUGUAUCGGAUAAUGUUUUUAAAUUAACCAUUUUAAAACUUUAUUAAUAAUAUGGGACAAUCUCCAUGUUCUGCAGCUCAGUGACGUACGUAUGUUGUGUAACAGUGAUUUGGAAAAUGUGUUCCUCCCUGAAUAUAUGGGAUUUUUUCAAAUGCCCCUUUUCGACAGUGCAUUGCGUGGCUUUUAUUCUUUGUUGUCCUUAGAAAAGGAGGUAUACCACUCGCUCUGAAGAAGCACUUCAGUUGAAGUGGAGAAAGAGAGGAUGGAGAGGAGAGGAGAGGAGAGGAGAGGAGAGGAGAGGAGGGAGAAAGGGUCAAUAAGAAGGUUUGUUUGAGCUGUGGUGGGGGAAGGGUAGUUGUAGAAGAGUGAAAUUCAUCCUCUGCUUAAUUCUGCUGAGAAAGGAGCUAUCUGGAGCCUGCUGCCUCUGUCAGUGUGACGCUUUAUGACCAAAUGUCUGAUAAAAGCACCAGAGCUCAGCACUAUACACUCUACUCAAGGCAGCCAACUCUUUGUGUGGGCGGGAUGGGAGGGUUCGUGUGAAACUGUAUUUUGAUGUACUGUAAGCGUGUGGCUUAAAAAAAGUGGGUGUGAAAGAAACAGUAAAGGGGAGAAGAAAUGUGUGUUCAUGUCAGAAAAACAGAAGGGAAAAAGAUCAUGUUGAUUUCCCUUACUGUACAGCCUUGAAGUCAAAGAAUGCAGAGAAGUGCAGACAUAGCCUCAUUGACAAACGUUAAAAUAUAAAUGUACAAUCCAACCUGAAAACUGCAAACUGUUUCUACUUAACUGAUGAAGUGAGUGUUAAUUAAAGUAUUAUUCAUAUUCAUAUUAUUCAUAUUAUUAUUAUUAUGUACAUUCUUUACAAAAAUGGUAUGUUGGAGGCAAGUAAUGUUUUAAUAAAAGUAUCCAAAGAA